ACUGCUACAUGUAUAUUUAUUGUCACAUGCAGCGCAACCCGUGAGCACAACCAAAGGAACUGAAAACACAUCCAAUAGGUGGCGUUCAAAGUCACGUUGACCGAUCAGCCUCUUUUUCAUUCUGCCGGCAAGGGUUCACAUGGUUGCCACUUUACUCUCUAUAUUUUCACAGUUUUCUAACGCAGUCAUGGCCAAUCAAGAAAGAACCUUCAUCAUGAUCAAGCCUGAUGCUGUCCAGAGAGGACUCGUCGGCAAAAUCAUUGCCAGAUUUGAGGAGAAAGGCUUCAAAUUGGUCGCAAUGAAACAAAAAACCGCCAGCAAAGAACUCUUGGAAGAACAUUACAAGGACCUAAGUAGCAAGGGAUUCUUCAAAGGACUCGUCGCCUACAUGGGAUCAGGUCCAGUGGUCUGCAUGGUGUGGGAAGGAAUGGGAGCAGUAGCAACAGGAAGAGUUAUGUUGGGAGAGACCAACCCCAAAGACUCCAAGCCUGGUACCAUCAGAGGAGAUUAUUGCAUCCAAGUCGGCAGAAAUAUAUGUCACGGAAGUGAUGCUGUAGAAUCAGCCAAACGUGAAAUUGCACUUUGGUUUGACAAAUCAGAACUUAAUGACUGGACCCCAUGCAGCUCAACUUGGGUGUAUGAAGAUUGAUGUGAGGUUUCAUCUAGGCUCUAACUUGUAACAA